AGUCGCACGUGGCGGACCCGCCCCCUAGGCCGUCCCGAGUCCUCGACUCCGCGGGCUUCGACUCUCCGGUCCUCGGCCCCGGCCCCAGGGCGAGAUGAGCUUCCUAAGCCGGCAGCAGCCGCCGCCGCCCCGCCGUCCCGGGGCUUCUUGCACUUUGCGGCAGAAGCUGAUCUUCUCGCCCUGUAGCGACUGUGAGGAGGGAGAGGAGGAAGAGGAGGAGGGCAGCGGCCACAGCACGGGGGAGGACUCGGCCUUUCAAGAGCCUGACUCUCCACUGCCGCCCGCGCGGAGCCCCACAGAGCCCGGGCCGGAGCGCCGCCGCUCGCCCGGCCCGGCCCCCGGCAGCCCCGGGGAGCUGGAGGAGGACAUGUUGCUGCGAGGCGCCUGUCCGGGCGCGGACGCGGCGGGCGGCGGGGCCGAGGGCGACUCAUGGGAGGAGGAGGGCUUCGGCUCCUCAUCGCCGGUCAAGUCGCCGGCAGCCGCCUACUUCCUGGGCAGCUCGUUCUCGCCGGUGCGCUGCGGCGGCUCGGGGGACGCGUCCCCGCGCGGUUGCGGGGCGCGCCGGGCUAGCGAGGGCCCCUGCUCGCCGCCGCCGGACCACCCCGGCACCCCGCCGCACAAGACCUUCCGCAAGCUGCGGCUCUUCGACACGCCGCACACGCCCAAGAGUUUGCUCUCCAAAGCUCGAGGAAUCGAUUCCAGCUCUGUUAAACUCCGAGGUGGUUCUUUGUUCAUGGAUACAGAAAAAUCAGGAAAAAGGGAAUUUGACAUGCGACAGACUCCUCAAGUGAAUAUUAAUCCUUUUACCCCAGAUUCUGUGUUACUUCAUUCCUCAGGACAGUGUCGUAGAAGAAAGCGAACACAUUGGAAUGAUUCUUGUGGUGAAGAUAUGGAAGCCAGUGAUUAUGAGUUUGAAGGAACAAGACCUGCUAAAAGAAUCACAAUUACCGAAAGCAAUAUGAAGUCACGGUAUACAACAGAAUUUCAUGAGCUAGAGAAAAUUGGCUCUGGAGAAUUUGGUUCUGUGUUUAAGUGUGUGAAGAGGCUGGAUGGAUGCGUUUAUGCCAUUAAGCGAUCAAAAAAGCCAUUGGCUGGCUCCGUUGAUGAGCAGAACGCUUUGAGGGAAGUGUAUGCCCAUGCAGCUGGACAACAUUCUCAUGUAGUUCGAUAUUUCUCUGCAUGGGCAGAAGAUGAUCAUAUGCUUAUACAGAAUGAGUAUUGUAAUGGUGGAAGUUUAGCUGAUGCCAUAAGUGAAAACUAUAGAAGCAUGAGUUACUUUACAGAAGCAGAGUUGAAGGAUCUCCUUUUGCAAGUUGGCCGGGGCUUGAGGUAUAUUCAUUCAAUGUCUUUGGUUCACAUGGAUAUAAAGCCUAGUAACUUACAUAAUUAAUUGUUUGACAGGUAAUAUUUCAUAUCUCGAACCUCAAUCCCAAAUGCUGCCUCUGAAGGAGAUGAAGAUGACUGGGCAUCAAACAAAGUAAUGUUUAAAAUAGGUGAUCUUGGUCAUGUAACAAGGAUCUCUAGUCCACAAGUUGAAGAGGGUGAUAGCCGUUUUCUUGCUAAUGAAGUUUUGCAGGAGAACUAUACCCAUCUACCAAAAGCAGAUAUUUUUGCCCUUGCCCUCACAGUGGUAUGUGCUGCUGGUGCUGAACCUCUUCCUAGAAAUGGAGAUCAAUGGCAUGAAAUCAGACAGGGUAGAUUACCUCGCAUUCCACAAGUGCUUUCCCAAGAGUUUACAGAGUUGCUAAAAGUUAUGAUUCAUCCAGACCCAGAGAAAAGACCUUCAGCAAUGGCACUGGUAAAACAUUCAGUAUUGCUAUCUGCUUCUAGAAAAAGUGCAGAACAAUUACGAAUAGAAUUGAAUGCUGAAAAAUUCAAAAAUUCACUUUUGCAGAAAGAACUCAAGAAAGCCCAGAUGGCAAAAGCUGCAGCUGAGGAAAGAGCACUCUUCACUGAUCGGAUGACCACUAGGUCCACCACCCAGAGUAAUAGAACAUCUCGACUUAUUGGAAAGAAAAUGAACCGCUCUGUCAGCCUUACCAUAUACUGAACUACUCAUUUCCCACCUCCCCCAAAAAACUGUGACAAGAGGAAGCUAGGUUGAAAUCACUGCUAGAAUCCAGUUUGCAAAUUACUUUCUCAAUCGGUGUCAGUAGUUUUACUGAAAUACCUUUAGGACUUUUACUUGUGAAUUACAGUUGAAAGCUGUAUUUUGAC